UUCAUUCUUACUGAUUUCUUUUCAUUCACAGCGUGUGAUCCAACUGACUCACUCAUGGAAAUUGACGAUAACUAUCCGAAGCGAGAAUGUCACACUGUAUGUUGUGUUAAGAACUGUAAGUCGCGCUAUGGCUACGGGUUGUCCUUCCAUACAUUCCCUAGUCGGAACGAUAAAUUGAGAUGGAAAGCAUGGACUCGCAAGCUGAAACUGCGAUUCGAACCAUCUAAGGGCACAAAAGUCUGCAGUCUACAUUUUUCAAUCCCAAAUUUUGUAAGUCCAACUCUGAAUCGGAUUACAAGUCGGAUGAUUCUCAAAUCGACUGCAAUUCCAGACAUCAAUUUACCAGGUGAAGAUCCAGCCAGCACAAAAAAUACUGAUGCAAGAGCUGAACGUGCCAAAAGAAGAAGCCUUAGAACCAAUGUUGAUGAUGGAUUUGGUACUAGAGAUGCUCCCAACGUUGAAUGUGAUGAUCCAGUCGUUGAAGUACCUGUGGCUGUCGAAUAUGCAUCAACAGGAGUACAGGUGACGCAAAACGAUGUCAUUAACAUUCAGAAAUGAUCUAGAGAUGAUAUCUUGGGCAGGGAUCAACUCGAAAAUGUUGGGAGCUUUAACUCAAAGAAUUCUUAUUACACCAGGAUACAAAAGGAAUUCUUACUACUGUUUGUCACUCGAGGAAGACUUGCUUGUGGUGUUCAUCAAAAUGAAAACCAAUUUAUCUUUUUCCUGCAUGGGGAACUUAUUUAACUCAAGUUAUCAAACGAUUUCUACUACACACAACGAAAAAAAUCUGUAAAAUCACAUCACAUGUGAUGUAAAUAAAAAGAAGCAUCAUAUAUGACGGAGUUUUCAGUGCUAGUUGGAAAUUACACGCCAGUGAAAUGUUGCAACGUGUAAAAUAAAAAAUGAUGUAAAGUAUGGCAACAUGUAAAAUAAAAAUGAUGUAAAUUAUAAAACCACUGAAU